AUGGCGGACUUAAAAACAGGAAAACCAUUCGGAACGGUAAUUGCAUGUUUAUAUACCAUUGAGUUUCAAAAGAGAGGUCUUCCCCAUGCACACAUCUUACUUUUCUUGGAGUCGUCAGGGAAAAACCCAUCAACAGAUCGUAUUGACAGAAUCAUCACAGCCGAGAUUCCAAAUCAAAGUAUCGAUCCAGAUGGGUUUAACGCAGUAACCAAAUUCAUGAUUCAUGGGCCAUGCGGAGAUCUCUAUCCAUCAUCCCCGUGUAUGUUACAGAGCAAAUGCUCUAAGCAUUUUCCCAAAAAAUUUGUCCCGCACACAAUAAUUGAUCAAGAUGGAUUUCCAAUAUACAGAAGAAGAGAUACAGGAGCUUUUGUGGAGAAGAAAACACAUAAGUUGGACAAUCGAUAUGUCGUACCUCAUAACAGAGAUCUGAUUGUUAAAUUCGAUGSUCAUAUCAAUGUUGAGCUUUGUAAUCAUUCAAGAGCCGUGAAGUACCUAUUCAAGUACAUACAUAAGGGUUCUGAUAGAGCUACUGCUACAGUUUAUUCAACAAACUCGAAUGAUGACCAUGAUGAAAUAAAGACAUAUUUAGAUUGCAGAUACAUUUCGGCUGCUGAAGCAUGUUGGCGUAUUUUCCAGUAUGAUAUUCAUUUCAGAUAUCCAGCAGUGGAGCGGUUACCUUUCCAUCUUCCAGAUGAACAACCAGUUGUUUUUAACGAAAAUGAUAACCCAGAGUCGGUAGUGGUCAAGCCUGGAGUAAGUAGAACAAAGUUCACAGAAUGGCUCGAAUCCAACAAAAGAAAUCCGGAUGCCAGAGAACUUAGUUACUCAGCAUUCCCAAAACACUGGGUCUGGAAUGCAAGAGAUAAAGCAUGGAGAAGACGUAAAAAGGGCAUAUCAAUUGGCAGAAUAUACUUCACUCAUCCGUCAUCCGGAGAAAGGUUUUACAUGCGCAUGCUUUUAAACUUUGUAAAAGGGUGCACUUCGUACGAACAUAUUCGAACAGUGAAUGGCAUCACAUAUCCUUCUUUCAAGGGAGCUUGCUAUACUCUUGGAUUGUUAGAUGAUGAUGAUGAAUGGGUUGAUUGCUUAACAGAGGAAGCAAAUUGGGCAACUGGUAACGAGUUGCGACAUUUGUUUGUCACAAUUCUUGCAAAUUGCCAAGUCUCAAAUGCACCAAAUCUUUGGAAAAGAAAUUACGCAACAUUGUCCGAAGAUAUAGCAACACUACAACGUAAAAAAAAUACAAAGCACACGGCAUGCAACUGA